AUGAAGAUCAGUCCAAUUGCCCUGGCUCUUACCGCCCUUGCGGCUGCUCCAAUGGGAGAUGCCUUUGCUCCUUCUCCAAUGAACUCCAAGGUUGUGAGCCUUACUUCCACCAGUGCCGUUCAGCCUGUCUUCCGUGCUCCUUUGGAGCUCAAGGCCUCCACCAGUGCCAUUUCCAUGUCGGAGGAAGCUGCUCCUGAACCAGUGCCGGAAAAGAGCCUCGCCAAGAAGAUCUUUGAUGGAUAUGUCAAAGCUGCCGAUGUCGCUACCCAACUAUUCCCUGUCUGGACUGUCUUGUUCACUGGAAUUGCUUUGAAGUCUCCCUCUUCUUUCGCUUGGUUCACCACUGAAUACUUCACUGCUGCCCUGGCCGCUCUGAUGCUUUCCAUGGGUAUCACUUUGACGCCACAAGAUUUCAUUGACGUUUCCAAGGAACCAGCUGCCGUUGGUAUGCAAUUCACUUUGUGUUAUGCCAUCAUGCCUCUCUUGGCUCUUGGACUCGGAAAGGCAUUCAAGUUUAAUCCUGCUCUUCUUGCCGGUAUGGUGUUGGUCGGAUCCAUCAAUGGAGGACAGGCUUCUAACCUUUGUACUUACAUUGCUAAGGGAAAUGUUGCUCUUUCCGUUCUCAUGACCACUGCUACAACAUUGGGUGCCAUCUUUAUGACUCCUUUCCUAUGCAAGUCUCUUUUGGGAGCCGUUGUUCCCGUCGAUGCUGCUGGUAUUGCCAAGUCUACGGUUGAAGUUGUCUUGGCUCCCAUUGCCGUCGGUAUGACUACAAACAAAUUCUUCCCCAAGCUCGUCAAGGCUAUCCUUCCAUUCGCCCCAAUUGUUGGUGUUGUUUCCACCUGUCUAUUGGUCGCCAGUGCCGUCGCCCAAGUUGCUGAACCCAUCAUCAAUGCCGGAUGGUCGUUGCAAUUUGCCUGCAUCCUUCUUCACUUGAUUGGAGGACUUUUAGGAUACUUCCUUCCCAAGCUCACUGGAUUCGGAGAGGUCUCUUCCCGCACCAUGGCUAUUGAGACUUCCAUGAAGUCUUCUGCUUUCGGAUUCUUGUUGGCCAAGCUCCAUCUUGGUGAAUAUGCUGCACGUGUUCCUAGUGCUGUCAGUGUUGUUUGGAUGGCCUUGACCGGAUCCAUCUUGGCGGUGAUCUGGAGACAAAUCCCCGUCAAGGAAGGCGAGUAA